AUGGCUCGACUCACAAGUUUUGCGAGCACAUUUGUGCUGUUAUUAUCCAUGUUAUCGAUACAGCUUGCACGAGCACGAGAAGUCGCCUACAUAUACGGCACCGAUAGCAAAGGUGUCACGCGCCAGUUGGAUGCUGCUCGAACCCCCGCGCUUUUCACCAGGGAUUUCGGGGAUUGCCUGGGCGGCGAGAGUUUAUUCAAUAUCACACGGUUCGAUGCGGCGUACUACGAAGAUAAUUCGACGGUGCUGUUCCAUCUGGACGGAACCUCAAACAUCAAGAAGGAAUCACUCAUGAUGUACAUCGUCUUUGAGGCGUAUGGACAAAGAAGAUUCGAGAUGGUCUUCGACCCAUGCUCAGUCAAUAUCUACAGCCUAUGUCCGCUCAACGCCAGCGUACCAGUUGCCGGCUGGGCCAUUUUUCAGGUCGGCAAAGAGCAAGUAGGCUCCAUCCCGCCUAUUGCUUUCCAAAUACCCGACUUUGAAGGCUAUAUCAAGUUGCAGAUAUUUGCAAAUUCGAGCCAGACAGAGAUUGGCUGUUUCCAGGCAUUGGCGUCGAACGGGAAGAGCGUGGGCCACACUACAGCAAUCGCUCCCGUUUUGGGUGUAUUCACCGUUAUUGCCAUUCUUGCGUCUUUUGCGACAGCAGCAUAUGGUGUGAGCAUUCCUCACAUGCGAUCCCACUUUGCCCAUUCUAUGUCGGUACUCCUGGUCUUUGAGACCUUCCAAAGCAUAUUCUUCUCUGGAGCCUUAACCGUCAACUUCCCGAGCAUUUUGGUCGCGUGGUGGAGCAACUUUGCCUGGUCCGCCGGUCAGAUUUACAGCUCUACCAUUGUCAACUCGGUGAGCUCCUUUGUUGGUGUGUCUGGCAAUGCUACACAAGUGGGUGGUGCUGGAUCGACGGUGAUCAACAAUGGCGGCGGACUGGUGUCACAAAUUUAUGGUCGAGCGUUGGCAAUGGAAACUCUCGCCAGCAAUCUGAUGAGGAGAGCCGACUACAAUGCGAGCGACCCCUACGAUUACACCUGGGCUGGUCGUCCAAUCGCUCCUGGGUUGCCCUUGCCAGGGGAUUGGACAGGUCUUCCAGGCACUCUAUCCUACUCAGGCAUUCCCGCUGCCGAUGCUCUCAUUGUGGGGCUCAUAUGGCUUCUUGUGGCCACCGGCCUUGUCAUUGUCUGCACAAUAGCCUUCAAAUGGCUCCUCGAAGCCUUCAUUCGUAUCAAAUGGGCGAGAGAGGAUCGCCUAACCUAUUUCCGCUCUCACUAUCUCUCAUACACCGGACUAGCAGUUCUACGAACACUCUUCAUCGCCUUCUUCAUGAUCAUGGUAUUGUCAAUCUACCAAUUCACUCUUCAUGGAUCUACAGGAGCGACUGCGAUCGCCGCUGUUGCCUUUAUUAUUUUCCUAGGCGGAGUUGGAGGUUUGGUGACUUACGCCUGCUAUUUCCGCCUCCGGUUUGGCAAAUAUGCUGUUGAACCAGAUCGAAUUCUCUUCACACACGGAAAGAUAUUCAAGGGCAUUCCUUUCCUAGUCCCAAUUCGUUCAAGCAGAUUGGGAGACGCGGAGCUACCAACACGCCCGGCCGGAUCACUGCCAUUUAUUCGCAUCCAUUUUAUCGAUAAUGAUCCCGAUCGUGUUACUGUUCACCAAGAUAGCGCCUACAUCAAGCGCUUUGGCUGGCUAUCUUCGCGCUACCGGCGGACAAAGUGGUGGUUCUUCGCCUGGUACAUACCAGCCCAGACCUUCCGUGCUGCUUUCAUUGGAGGCGCAGCGACUAGUCCCCUCGCCCAAGUCUAUGGCCUAUUUGUUUACGAUAUCCUAAUAUUUGUGGCCAUUGUCAUGGUCAACCCAUUUGAAGGACGUCGAAACACUGCGCUCGGUGUCUGGAUGCUGAGUAUCAGCAAAGUCGCCACUACAGGCCUGUCUAUUGCCUUUUUGCCGGAAUUCAACCUGGACCGUAUUAUCGCGACUGUCCUUGGUGUUAUUAUCAUUGUUAUACAAGGUUUCCUUGUUAUCGCAUUGCUCAUAUUGAUCCUCUUGGGUGUAAUGUCCUCAUACAUGUCACUGACCAGAAACCGCGAAGAGUUCAAGCCGGAAGGACUUGAAGGCGUCCGUGUCAAAUUCUUCGAAAGCAUGCAAGCAAGGGGCCCUGACACUCGAAAGCCCCUCUGGGAGAAGAGCGAGAAGAAGAAGGGCAAGGAGAAGGAGCUCGAGGAAUCAGAACUCCAGGUUCCCAAAGAACCUUAUUUUUCCGUCACCGCAGUGCGCAGAGCACCAAAGAUCGAGGACGAGGAUGGCGAUGUCGUUGCCGAUAUGGAAGCGCCUCACAAUAACUCUGUCAUUUUCGAUCCCAACAAGAUCAUCAACCGUGCGAGCAGAACCAACAGUAUUUCCUCACGAUACUCGACGCACAGCUUGCCCCGCGGUGCUCGUUGCCCCUUCAACUACCCCACAGAGUCCGACAAAACCAAAGUCGCCGACUAA